GCGCUCUACACGAUGAUGAAUCCAGACGUUCCGGCUGAACCGUCGCCGGAGGCCGGCUCCCUUGACGCCAUGCCGAGCCUGCGCAAAAGGACCCCGCUCGUCGACCUGAUGGGUCGGGACUUCGGCGAGUCCUACGUCGAUAGGGACGUCUUGGUCGCCGGCUGGAUCCGAACCAUUCGCGUCCAGGGCGGCGGAGGCUUGGCGUUCGUCGAGGUUUCGGACGGAACCACGUCCCAAUCGCUCCAGGUCAUCUGCGAGCGCAAGAGGAACCCGGAGGAAUUUCAGAACCUAGUCGAAGAAAGUCACACCGGAGCCUCGGUCUGCUUGUAUGGACGCAUCGUCCCGUCCAUCGGGUCUCGCCAGAAGGUCGAAAUGCAGGCGCGCCGCAUGCAAGUCUUGGGUCCCGCCGACCAGCAGACUUAUCCGUUAACCAAGAAAAAGCACACUUUGGAAUACCUGAGAGAAUUUGUAACUCUGCGCGCUCGAAGUCGGACUUUCAGCGCCGUGGCGAGGAUAAGGAAUGCACUGAUGUACAGCACGCAUCAGUUUUUCCAAUCCCGUAACUUCAUCUGUUGUCAGUCGCCCGUUCUCACCUCGAUUGACUGCGAGGGCGCCGGAGAGAUGUUCCAGGUCACCACGCUGCUCCCGAACGCUAGGAACUGCGCUGCAUCCGGUGAUUCGGCUCCCCAGCCGCCCACUCCGCCUCAGCUCGACUACCAAGCGGAUUUCUUCAAGCGCCCGGUUUACCUCACAGUCUCCGGUCAACUCUCGCUCGAAUGCUACGCCUGCUCUCUGUCCAACGUCUACUCUUUUGGACCCACUUUCCGCGCCGAAAAGUCCAAGACCACGCGACACCUCGCGGAGUUCUGGAUGCUCGAGCCCGAAAUCGCCUUCGCCGACCUCGACGAAAAUAUCGCCGUCGCCACUGACUACAUCAAGUACGUCUUUCAGUACGUGCUCCAGCAUUGUCAGGCCGACCUCGAGUUCAUGGAGAAGCUCGAACAGGACCGACUGAAAGAGGCGGCCAAAGGCGCUUCCAGCCAACAGCGCAAACAAACCGCCUGGAACCAAGGCAGGGCCCUGCGCGAGAGACUCCAGCACAACGUCGACUCGGAAUUCGCUCGCGUCACCUACACGCAGGCGAUCAACCUCCUUUUCGAAGCUGACGUGAAGUUCGAGGAGCCCGUCCAUUGGGGCAUCGACAUUCCCAGCGAAAUGGAGCGCUAUCUCUGCGAAGUCGUCUUCAAGCGUCCCGUGGUCAUCACCGACUACCCGAAGGACAUCAAGGCGUUCUACAUGAGGCUCAACGACGACCAAAAAACAGUCGCCGCCAUGGACAUCCUCGUUCCGGGCAUUGGCGAGCUCAUAGGCGGGUCGCAGCGCGAAGAGCGAGUCCAACACCUUCGCCAGAGACUCCUCGAUGCCCAGCUGGACCCAAACACGUACGCCUGGUACCUGGACCUCAGGAAGUAUGGGACCGUCCCCCACUCGGGAUUCGGACUCGGAUUCGAGCGACUUGUCAGAUACGUCACCGCGCUGGAAAACAUCAAGGACGUCUGCAUGUUCCCCCGCGCUUGGGGCAUGCCCAUCGACGGAUGAUCCGGUGCGCCCCGUCAUAAAAACGUCGAUUCGUUGGUAUAGCGCGUCCCUGCAGCUCGACGGUCCCCGUGGAUUUUUUUUUUCGAAAGCUGUCAGAAGCGCGCGGUCCUUUUUCGCGCUGCGCGGUCGGCGCUGCUUUUUCCUGCGGACCCGCGGUCGGUGGGGGCGGCGCGGCUCGCUCGGCGGCUCGCUUCUCCGCGGGGGACUUGAGAACACUCGACGGCGGCGUCGAGAAUAGCGAAA